UUUUUUCGUUCGAAAAGUUAUGUAAAAAAUGGCCGGCAUACGUCAAGUAUAUCAAAUUACACUUGAAUAUAACAAUCUUCAUCCAUUUCUUAUCCACCAUGCGCUCGACGACAUGCCAAAAAAUUUAUUCCAAAAAAUCUUAUUUUAGAAUAUGAAACAAAAUUAAAAUUAAUAAAACAUAAUUCAUCAUAUAAACAAUACUUGAAUUCCAAUUUUAACAAAAGAAAAUAACACUCUUAUGUUAAUCUGAUGAGAUUAGAAAUUUCAUCAUCAUAGUCAUGUAACGUAAGAACAUCCUGAAAUUGUGUAAAUUAGUGAAUACUUCACCCUUAUCGGCUCACACCCCCACCACCCCUCUCCCAAUCGCACACCAUUCACUUUCUUAGCCGGUCUUUCAUCUCGACCACACGGACGUUGAAACUGAUUCUUCCAGAACUGGUUGAGCUUGUCGGUCAAAAAAAAAACCCACCCAUCGGCGGAUACCCGAAAUAAUCUCACGCCUUGCAACGAUGGACAUCUCGUCAUCUGCGUUUGAUCGUACACGAUCGAUCUGUGCAUGAUGUUGCUCUUGCGUGUAGGUUCUCUCUCUCUCCUUCUCCGGGGAGACUUUUUUCUUCCAACCGACCUAUAAAUGGGAGACACGCUGGCGACUCUGCCUUCAUUCAGUCGAAAGCCGGAUGAUCAGUCACAUCCGCUUGCGUCCUAUUAGGCGUGUAGGAGAUUACACGCAACGAUCACAAUAUUUAUACAUAACGUUGGUUAUCCGAUCGUAGAUCAGGUUAUGUGUGUGGCGUAUAUUGGCAGGGUUAGUGUGCUUUAUGAUCAGCUGUUUACGGACUAUGUUCCUGUGCCAUGUAAUUAAGCCUCGGUGACGUGCUGUAACAAUAACCAUCUGCCUGUUGGCAAUCGUUGAUAAAGAGCAACGGAUAUUAAGAAAAGAGAAAAAAAACCAUCAAGUGAGUGAUUAUUACACCUCAUCAAUUAAGCCGAUAACCUUUGGGCUAAAAGGUUUGCCCUGGUCGGUUUGUGCUUGUGCAUGCGGUAGAGGGUUUAGUGCAUUCUGUGCGUUAGAAAAUAUUGAUCUUCCGGUAAGGGUAAAAACACCUGCGAGGGUGCAUGUGAAAACCAAUUGUAGCCGGCACGAUCAGUUCCGGCAGUGCGAGAAACGAUGCUUCAACAACGAGUUUAUUUGUAACUUUUAGUGGUUUGUUUUCGCACUGGCACCUUUACCGAUAAUCGCAUAUACCUGCGUACUGAAUCAAUAAAUUCAAGUGGAAAAAAUCAAAAACAAAACAGAGAAAAACAAGAGUUGAAAAAUGAAUAACAUUGUGUAAUCAUUUCGAAUUAUGGUUCACAGUGCAUCAAUAAGCAAUCAAUCGGUUUUAAAACGCUAAUUAACAUCAGCAUGUUUUUAAAUCAUUAAAAAUACUUAAACGAGAGUCUUAGUAUACAACGCACGGAUCUAAUCAGAGGUCAAGGUCUGCGCGUGCACGUGUGCUGGAAGUGAUAAACAAAUAGAAUGAUUUAUUUUCUUUACUCACGCAAACAUAAGAUUUUGUUUCACAGUAGAACUUUAUAAAUGUUGAUUUGGUCUUAAAUCUGCGUGCGUUUAACAUUUGUUGCGCUUCAAUGUAGCCACGUAGACAGAAAAUAGUUUUUGCAAAACAAAAGACUAGAAGCGACGAACCCGCUAUAGUACCAAAUCUCAAUAGUUUCAACGGAUAGAUUGUUUGUUAAACAUUUGUCACAUUUCGAUUUAUGCGCUUAGAACAAAAAUACAUUUUGCAAAACAAAAGACUACAAGCGACGAACCCGCUACAGUACGAAAUAUCAAUAGUUUCACCGGACAGAUUGUUCGUUAAACAUUUUGAAAAACAAAAGACUACAAGCGACGAACCCGCAACAGUAUCAAAUCUCAAUAGUUUCACCUGAUAGAUUGUUUGUUAAACAUUGGUCGCUUUUCAAGCUAUCCACGUAGAACGAAAAUAUAAUUUGCAAAACAAAAGACUGCAAGCGACGAACCCGCUACAGUACCAAAUCUCAAUAGUUUCACCAAACAGAUAGGAAUCUUUAGUUCCGGUAACGUUCAACUGUACGCACUUCACAACACCGUCCUUCAACUUAUUAAUCGAUGGACUACCGAUGAUACAACACCGAAUGCGUCCGUAAGCGCCAACCGUAGAACCUUGACAUAUUAAAGGCAUUACAAAAACCCACCCCCCCUCACCCGCGAUGAUAAUAAUGUGCUGCACAGCUGAGCAUGUGAAGCACUGCCUUGUGUGGCUGACAACGGUUCGAUCUUCACACACAAUCGUGCGUAACAGUAUGCAUCGUUCAGGCACUAUUCUCUAUCGUGUGUUUUUUUGCACAUAAAAAAAGAGAUUAGUGUUUUAGUGCGCAUUAUCGGUGACAUCUCGUAAACAUCGUCCAUUAAAGUCGGCAUUAAACCAAAUCGGCUUAGCGGUUCGCGGGGCAGCGGUACGCGCGGAAACUUCUAACCCAUCCACGUAACGCUAAAUCUAGAUCCGCCUUCACGAACUGGUUUCUGCUUUUUCUAGAUUCAUCUCUUUAGCGACGAUCCUCCGACGUGUUGGCCUAUGGUAAAGGCACGAACUCGCCGUCGUCAUGUCGGCGUGAAUGCUUUUGCAUGCAUGUUGCGUUAGAGAAUAACAUAAAACAAACACAUAGACACACUUACACUUGUUAGCAUUCCGAUACGCCAAUAAUCGAGUCAAUCACCGCGCCAUCAAGUCACGUGCCGGUACGUGUACCGCCACGCACCGUACACUUUAAAUUGCUCUUGUCUAUCAAUCUGCACUUUUGUUUUUUUCUCUCUCUCUCUGUCUCUCUCCGCUUUCAAUUAUACAGCGAAUUAUCACAGCAUCCAGAUACAGGCCAGGCACCUCGGGCGGCUCAUUCAAGCUCAGUUCACAUUGAUCGUCAGACAGCUUCGCUAAUCACAACGGAGGAAGCUAAUUAAGCUGUAACCUCUCGCGAUUGUCGACCAGCGAGCAACCGGAGAAACAAAUAACGAAAUCAAAUUAAAAACCAAACCCCCCUUAGCGUGCCUUUUGCGGUGCGUAACAACGCUUCUAAAUCCGUUAACGGAACCGCACACACGAUCGAACACGAUCGGUUCGUCGGGAACAUCUCAAUCGAAUUACGCGACGGACGCGACAGACCUGCUGGCGUUUUGGUUUCGCUCUUUUGGUUGGGUGAAGCGAGUGAGGCACAACAGGAGGCAGAGCAAGAGGAUCACGCGAGCGCCACGGUGGAAGGAUGUGGAGUUUCGGGCGGAGUGACGCACGGAGGAAAGGAAAUUUAUGCAAACUCAUAACGACUGCUGCGGCGCUGGCAAUGACCGUCCUUGCCAGAGGAACUACAGCCCAAGAGGUGGCGUGUACGCACAGUGAUGAAUUCUUCUAUUCGCUGCCGGGAUCGCGCUGUGGCGCUUACUAUCGAUGCUACCAAAAUCAACCGAUCUAUUACAGCUGCACCGAUGGUGCAAUGUUUGACUUUUACCAGCAAAGAUGUGUCCGAACGGAAGGCACCUGCUACGAGGCUAUCUGUGUUGGAAAAACGAACGGAUUGUACGCAGACACUUCGCAGGGUUGCCACCGAUCGUACCGUUGUCGAGGUGGAAAGAUUACAACUAUCGAAAACUGUCCCCAAGGUAUGCGGUUUGAUGGGAACGUUUGUACCACGGAAGAGGACGUUGUCUGCGAGAGUCCGGAAGCAACGGCAGCAAGCAUCCGGUACGAAGCAGAUCCACGCUGCUACGGACUCGCCGAUGGGAACCACGUGUUGCCGAGUGAUGGCCUGGAGUGCACCAAAUAUCUUCUCUGUGCAGAUGAUCAGGUGCUGGAUGUGUUGGAGUGUCCUUCAGGAUAUCGAUUCGACGAACGCAGCAAACGCUGUCGACUCUCCAGCCAAGGUACAAGUUGCCGGACAUCGGAUCAGUUCCAUGACUGGAAGGUAGCCGACGAAAAUGGGUGUAACUUUCUUCCGGAUGGAUACCAUCUUGCGGUUACAUCCUACGACUGUCGAUCGUACGUUAAGUGUCAGUCUCGCCGAUUAGUUAGCCGCCACGAGUGUCCAUCGAUGACGAUCUUCAACGGCCAGCAGUGUGUUCCAUCGUUUCUUCAUCAUUGUCCACGGUUGGAUGUAACGGGGGAUAUCUGCCAACAUCGCACCGAUGGCUAUCAGGUUGAUCCUCGUAAAGGUUGUGCCUACUAUGUCCGCUGCCAGGCAAAACGUACCGUCGAGCAACACUCCUGCCCGAACGGGUUCCAUUACGAUGCACUGGAGAAUGUGUGCCGUGAGGCGGUACUGGACACAACGUGCCAUCAGAUCCCAUACUCAGCGGAUUGUGCGGAGCGUGCGUCCGGAUUUUAUCAGGACUUUACCGCCAUGGACGAUGCAUCGUUAAGUCCGUGCCGUGCAUAUUUCCACUGCCAUAAUGGCAUUAAGACCGCCUUCCAUUGUGAGCACGGGUACGUGUUCGAUGGGGAAAACUGUGUACCGCAGGAAAGCUACCAGUGCCCCGUGGAGGACGUUAACUCGUGCCAGGGAAAACCGAACGGUUAUUACCAGGAUGCACGUGCUGGUUGCCGUGCCUAUCAUCUCUGCACGAAUGGGAACAAAAUAUCGUACCUGUGCGAACCGGGACAUAGUUUUAUCGAUGGUAAGUGUCGUCACGGGGUACGGCAACGUACGCCGGAGUCACUCUGCAGCACGGACACGCCUUGUGUGGAACGGCCCGAUGGGUACUAUCAGGAUCGGGACACCCAGUGCCGUCAGUAUUACUUCUGUCAGCGGGGUGAAAAGCUGCAAACACUUACCUGCCGUGGUAGCAAAAUCUUCGAUGGGCGUACAUGCGUACAGCCGGAUAGUUACACGUGUCCGAAUGCAGGGGUUGAUGAUGUGGAUGCGGCUGCUAGUGAGAAUUGUAUCGUGCGCCACUGUGAACCGGUCUGCACGAAGGGUGGAUUCUUUGCCGAUUACGAUAGUGGGUGUGAGCGGUAUCAUUUCUGCAUCGAUGGUAAGCAGAGCACACUGUCCUGUUCGGGGAAUUAUGUUUUUAAUGGUGAACUAUGCGUCCCGAAAGCAUCCUACUAUUGUCCCCGUUACUGUACACCACCGGAAUCUUGCUAGAGAAAGAGAGAGAGAGAGAGAGAAGGGAAGGAAGCUAGCGAUUAAUCGAAACCAUAAUGACCUCUGAAACGCAAAUACUCUUACUCAAUCUGUUCACCCAUUACCCAUUACUGCCCUUGUAGCGUUGAACCUUGAAGUUGGUGUUAAGGAUAAAGUAGUGUUUUUUUUCUAACACUAAUGAGUAACGGGUCCCCCCACCCUUUUGCUCAUUAUACAAUGUACGUUUGAAUUCAAACAAAGUUUCGUAAACGGCUAAUGGAGCUGUACCAUUUAUUUAUGUGUGUUACAUGUUACCUUAAUUUGCCAAAUAAACUAUUUUCAUCUACACUGUA